UUCGCCCGCCCCGUCGACCGUCGUACGUCAUUUCUCUCUGCAAAAAUCCAUAAACCCUAAAACCCUACCCAUAUAACCCACAGCCCCAAAAAAAUGCUCCUCCUAAUCGGUCCUUUCAAACACAAAACCCCAACCAUCAAAACCCUAGCAUCUCUCCUUUUAAAUCUCUCGUCCGCCAGAUCAUUGUCCCAUUCCACCUCCAUCCCCAAAAAGCAGCAACGCGUACGCGACCAUGGCUACGACAACUACAUGGAAAUCGAGAAGAAGACCCGCAAGGUCCUCAAGUUCCAGGACCUCAUCCUAUCCCAGCCCAACCAAACCCUCCCCGUCUCUCGCCUGGAUCUCCUCGCUCGCCGCCUCGGCUUCAAACAACACGAAUCCGGCGCUUUCGUUCUCAAAUUCCCUCACGUUUUCGAUAUUUACGAGCACCCGGUUCAAAGAAUACUCUACAUUCGAUUAUCCCGGAAAGCCCUUUUGCAAAUUGAGCAAGAAAAGCAAGCUCUCGAUGCUCAAAUCCCCGACGCCGUGAUCCGCCUCCGGAAGCUUGUAAUGAUGUCGAGUACGGGUCGGAUCCGCCUCGAGCACGUGCGUAUUGCGAGGAAAGAGUUUGGCUUGCCUGAAGAUUUCGAGUACUCGGUAAUUCUCAAAUACCCCCAAUACUUUCGAUUAUUCGAUGCUAAGGAGACUAGGAAUAAGUACAUUGCGAUUGUUGAGAGGGAUGAGAGUUUAGCGGUGUGUGCUAUAGAGAAAGCUAGGGAGAGAGAAUAUAGGGAAAAGGGGAUUGAUGCCGAGGAUAUAAGGUUUUCUUUUAUCGUGAAUUUCCCACCUGGAUUUAAGAUCGGCAAGUAUUACAGGAUUGCAGUGUGGAAAUGGCAACGAGUUCCGUAUUGGUCGCCUUAUGAGGAUGUGUCGGGUUACGAUUUAAGGUCGCUGGAGGCCCAGAAGCGGAUGGAAAAGAGGGCGGUGGCAGCAAUUCAUGAAUUGUUGUCAUUGACUGUGGAGAAGAAAAUCACGUUGGAAAGGAUUGCACAUUUCAGGUUGGCGAUGAAUUUGCCAAAGAGAUUGAAGGAGUUUCUUCUUCAGCAUCAGGGGAUAUUUUAUAUUUCAACGAGAGGUAAUCAAGGGAAGCUGCAUACGGUUUUUCUUAGGGAGGCAUAUAAGAGGGGUGAUUUGAUAGAGCCAAAUGAUUUGUAUUUGGCAAGGAGGAAGUUGGCUGAUUUAGUCUUGUUGAGCCCUAGGAAGGCAAAUGUGGAUCGGGAAUUGGUUAAUUAUAGGAGAGAUAGAGAAGAUCAUGAAACAGGGCGCUUUAGAACUGAGUUUGUGGAUGAUGAUUUUCAUAAUUCUGCAGUUGAGGAUAAUGUUGGGAAAGAUAGGGAGGGGGGGGAUAAUUUGGACUCCGAUAUGGGUUGUGAUGAUGGCUCUGAUUUUCUAGAUGAGAAUGAUGAUUGCCUUGAAACUCCAGAGGAUAUCCAUGUAGAUGAGAGAGCGAACUAAAACCAGUGGCCUGAGGCUAAUUUCAGAUGUUAUUGGCCAAUGAAGAAGUGAUGCACUACAGAACAAAAGCACUGUCUCGAAAGACGAAUGAUUUAUAUUAAUGGGCUAGAAGCACCUCUCCUAUAGGAAUUAGUUUUUGGAGAAGAUCUAAUGCUUUGGAGUACGUUGUUUCGACUCGAGAGGGUUUAUUUGCUUUCUCCAUGGAAUGAAAUUGAGGCCCCUUUAGUUUGAAUGCGGGGUUAACAGAUACCAGUUUGGAAUAAAUGAUUGGCAUAUAAGUUCCAAGCGAUUGAAGAAAUUAAGCAUGAAGUUUCAAGCUUAUGGAAAAGAGUUGCUUCAGUUUAACCACUCAUGCCGUGAUGUCACUUUACCCUGAUGAUCGUCCUCAUUCAGAUUGUCUAGACUUUCUGAUUUGGGAAUGUUGAGCUGCAAUGAAGCUUCAAUCCAUGGGAUUCUUCCUUCAUAUCCAUUCACUUGAUCAAAUAUAUCUGAGAAAAUCAGCAAAAUAGAUGUUAUCAUCAUGUUGGUUGGCUUGGUUGUCUCCAUGAGUUUACAUUCCAAUGUUAAGCGGUGUUGCUCUCCCUGCUGCACUUACAUAUAUGUCCAAUUUUCGAAUACAAUUGUGAUGGUUGCCAUUUUUCCA